AUGGCCGUUAUGGCGGAGAUCAAAUCGUCCUCUGCUAGGCACGUCGAGGAUAACGAAAAGGGUGUGCUCUCUCCACAGGUUUCGGACAGUUCACUUCAAUAUGAUGAAGUCACUGUGAAGCGCAUCAAGCGCAAGAUCGAUGUACGGCUCUGCGUCGUGGUCGCAGUCAUGUAUACCGUCUGUCAGAUUGAUCGGGUGAACCUGGCGAAUGCGGUCGUCGCAGGCAUGGGUGCCGAGAUCGACCUCACGGGGACACACUAUUCGACAAUCGUCGCCGUUUUCUUCCCCACCUACACGGUAUUCCAGCCGGUGAUGACGGUCAUUGCGCGCAAGCUCGGCCCACGCAUAUUCAUGGGGUUCAUCACCAUGUCCUGGGGCUUAGUGAUGGUGGGCAUGGGCCUAGUCAAUGACUGGCGUGAACUUGCUAGACUACGCGUCAUCCUCGGCCUUUUCGAAGCAGGUCUCUUCCCUGCCGCUGUAUUCUUGAUUAGCUCCUGGUAUAUACGCCAUGAGACAGGGAAGCGAAUCGGCCUGUUUUACCUGCUAGGAAGCGCGAUUAGUUCGUUUGGAGGAAUUCUUGCUUACGGACUGCAGCAAAUGCACGGACUCCAGGGCCACGCAGGCUGGCGCUGGAUCUUUAUCAUCGAGGGCGUUCUCACCGUCGCGAUAGGGUUAGCCGGGUUCGUGCUUAUUGUCGACUUCCCUGAAGACGCGCGCCGUACGCGCUGGUUCCUGACGGACAGGGAGAUUGAUAUCAUGAUUGACCGAGUUGAGAAAGACCGUGGCGACGCACAUGUUACGCCGUUUGUUUUGAAGGAGUAUCUGAAGUACGGACUCGAGUGGCAGGGUUGGCUGCUGGCUGUCAACUUCCUGAUGACGGCCAUCGUUAUAUAUGCCGUCUCGUACUUUCUUCCUAUUGUCCUCAUGCAGGGCCUUGAAUUUAAUGUUGCAGAGGCCCAGACUCUUACUGCUCCUUGCUUUCUAUUUGGCACACUCCUCGGUCUAACAGAGUCUUGGCUAUCCGAUAAAUAUAAGACGCGAGGGAUAGUAGUAGUCAUCAACGCCGCUCUCCAGAUAAUGGGGGUUGCGCUCUUGGGGUAUGCGAAAAACAACGGGGUGCGAUAUUUUGGGGCUUUUAUACUGGCCGGAUCCUGCAACGCCAAUAUCCCGGCAUCACUAACUUACCAGUCGAAUAAUAUCACAGGUCAGUGGCGAAGAGCGUUUGGGUCGGCCUUGAUUGUCGCUGCCGGCGGCGUUGGCGGCGUUAUUGGGGGCUUAGUGUUUCGUGACCGAGACGCGCCUGAUUAUCGGUACGGUUUUAUCCUUAAAUUCUCUUUCUUGGGAAAGGUUGUUGAUGUGCCUACAGACCCGGCUUAUGGACGUGCUUCAUUGCGGCUGCGAUCACAGUUGUUUCGGUGGGUAUCACAACUGUCACUAUGGGGAGGAGGAAUCGGAGGCAAGCGGCUGGGGAGGUGA